AUGGAAUACUCGCAGGAGCAACUGAACUACUUCAGACUCUGCUACGUAGGAUUCGAUUUGGUUCCAGUAGGACUGCGGCAAAUCUUUAAAAAAGAAUGGGAUUUUCUUUAUAAGGCAACUUCAUUUGGAGAAUGGAAAGAUACAGCACAGAAUGGUCGUGAUUUUUAUAAUAAAGAAUCUAAGAAAAGUCCCAAGAAAAACGCCCGGUACCUAACGACAAUACAGAGUGGAAACACGGCAGAGUGGGACUCUUCCUGUUUGUUUUUUGCCAUCCUGUACUCAGACAGCGUUGGUACUACCUUAAGUCCAGCUGUCCGGAAAGAGGUCGAUGAUAUUCGUCAGGUGCGAAACGAGAUCGCACAUAUCACGGAAGCUAAGCUGACAGAUGCCGACCUCCAAACUUCUAUAGUUAGACUGUUAAACGCUUUUACAUCUCUUGGUCUUGCAAUAACUGAGAUCCAAGAAAUAAAGAAUCAGAAGACCUUUCCAACGAAAGAAGUGGAAACUUUUAAGAGACAAGUUCAUGAUCUCCAAGAUGAGUUAGAUCAGACAAAAUGUGACCUGAAGGAAACAAAAAGUGCACUUCAGAGUACAGAAGCUGAUCUGGUUUCUGCAAAAGAAGAAAACAAGGCUCUCACGCAAGAAAUUAGUGCGAAACUUCAACCUUUUUGCUUUCUCGCGUCGACACCACCACACGAUAUCAUCAGGCGUUCUCAUGACAUUAGAAGAAUUACAAAGAAAAUGAAAGAACUUUCCAGUAGUGCCAAUGGAGGAGUUAGUACUGUGUAUUUGUCAGGAAAUCCAGGAUGUGGUAAGAGUCAAAUUGCACGGGAAAUCGGACAACAGUUUUUUUCUGAACGAACGGGUGACGUUGAAAAUCUGAUUUUUGUUUCGACGCUGAACGCAGAAAGCAUCGAGACACUUGCUGCUUCUUACCUGACUCUUGGAAGACACCUAAGGAUAACAGAAUACUCCUUGUCAGGGUUAGAAUCUUUAAAAUUAGAGAAGCCUCUUGAAGCAGUUCAACAGCUCCAUCGUUUGAUUUUGCCCAAGGUCACUAAGUUUACCAAAUGGAUGAUUAUAGCAGAUAAUGUGGUUGAGUUGCGUUCAGUUAACGCCUUACUACCUCAAACCGGUAGUAAAGAAUGGGGAAAUGGUCAAGUGCUGAUUACUACUCAAGAUAGCACUACAAUUCCUCAUAACGCUCCUCAUACAUAUCAUGAAUCAUUAAGUAAAGGAAUGAGGCUGGACGAAGCAGUAGAAUUAUUGGAAAAAGUUUCACAAAUUUCAGACCGAGAGCAAGCAGAAAAUGUCGCCGAUUUUCUCGAUUUUCAGCCCCUGGCCUUAGCUGCUGCUGCUUUCUACGUGCAAACAGUUAUUAGCAGUGGGUCUUCAAAGUAUGAAUGGAAGGCAUACCUCCGCGACAUAUCAACAUACGGUCAACGAAGAGAGGUUGAAACUGUCCUUGCGAAUGAGAGUUUAGCCUACGCUACAACAACAAUGGCUGCCGUAGAAAUGGCCAUGGAAAGAACUGUAGACACCGAUAAAGUUCUUCGUCACGCAUUCUCCUUUCUUUCGCUGUGCGCUCACGACGAUCUCCCACUCGAAGCUGUUUCAAAGUUCGUCGAAGCGCAAACAAAAGACCAGCCGGAGGAGUUGAUCAAGGCAAAGAUUGUUAGGUCUUCUUUAGUUCUUGUUCAUUCCGAGAAAGGAGAUGAACGUAGAUAUAUUCGCUUGCAUAAAAUUGUUUAUGAAGCUUUGAUUCGAGGCGAAGUCCUCAAGCUAACAUCAGCGGAGAUUAAUUGCGGCUUGGCCGAAGCAGGAAAGAUUUUCAAAUCCCUGUUUGAAGAAAAUAACGAGGAUUAUGCGAUUUUUAGGACCCUGAGGCCCCACUGUGAAUCUUUACUUAAGCACAUGACACCAAAUUGCAGUUCUGAUCAGCUGAGAACUUUUUUGAGAACGUCGACGCCUUUUGUAGAUUUGAAUAUGGUUGCCGAUUGGUUGAGGCGUCUUGCUUCAAUCUGUUGCCAUUUUUGUGAUUUGUUGUUUGCUAAAACUGUGGUCGAUUUAGGAUGCGACUUGCUAGAGGACAUAGAAGAUACUGACCCAGGUGCCUUUUUAAAAGGGGAUAUUUUUUGUAGCAGUGGCCAAGUGUACGAUAGGAUUGGAAAAUAUAUUCAAGCGGAAGGAUUUCACAAAAAGGCGCUCAUGAUUCGGAAAAAGAUUUUCGGUGAAGAUCAUACCGAUGUAGCAUCAAGUUAUAACAACUUGGCAUCAGUGUACAGCAGCCUGGGAGAAUACAAUCAAGCCAAAGAACUUCACGAAAAAGCACUGGUGAUUUGGAAGAAGAUUAACGGUGAAGAUCAUGUCGAUGUAGCUACUAGUUAUCACAACUUGGCAUCAGUGUAUGACAGCCUGGGAAAAUACAAUCAAGCCAAAGAACUUAACGAAAAAGCACUAAUGAUUAGAAAGAAAAUUUUGGAUGAGGAUGACCCCCAUAUAGCAUCAAGUUAUAACAACUUGGCAUCAGUGUACAGCAGCCUGGGAGAAUACAAUCAAGCCAAAGAACUUCACGAAAAAGCACUUGUGAUUUGGAAGAAGAUUAACGUUGAAGAUCAUGUCAAUGUAGCAGCUACUUAUAACAACUUGGCAACAGUGUACUGCAGCCUGGGAGAAUACAAUCAAGCCAAAGAACUUCACGAAAAAGCACUGGUGAUUUCGAAAAAGAUUUUAGGUGAGGAUCAUGACAAUAUAGCAUCAAGUUAUUUGAACUUGGCAAAAGUGUACCGCAACCUGGGAGAAUACAACCAAGCCACAGAGCUUAUCGAAAAAGCACUGAUAAUUUGGAAACGGAUUUUCGGUGAAGAUCAUGCUCAUGUAGCAACAAGUUAUAACGACUUAAGUUCAGUGCACUACAGCCAGGAAGAAUACAAUCAGGCCAAAGAGUUUCAAGAAAAAGCACUAAUGAUUAGGAAAAAGAUUUUCGGAGAAGAUCAUCCCGAUGUAGCAGCAAGUUAUGACAACUUGGCUUCUGUGUACAAAGCCCUGGGGGAAUACAAUCUAGCCAAAGAAUAUUCGGAAAAAGCACUAAUGGUAAGGAAAUGA